GUGAACUGUCCAGUAGGUGUGGUAAGCAAGGUGUGUUAGCACAUCACGAGACUAAUUACACUCCAAAAAGGUUCAUGAAAAGCAAAUGGAUCGACAAAUGAGCCCCUUUCCGUUCUGCAAGGUGGAAUGCAAGGCACAUCCAGGUGCUUGAGCUGGGGAUUUGCACCUGACCAUGUGCUCUGGUCUUUGGACAUCUGGCUCAAGGCGCUCGUUUGAAAGGCCAACUGCCUGUUGUUGCGUCAGCUUUCUUCCCGCCCGCCGGCUGCUGACUAAACGGUCAUGGCGGAGGAAACCAACGAAACCAACCAAGAAGUGGCUGAGGAGGGAGCGACCGAGUUUCAAGCGGUGAGUGAAGCCAGCGAGGACGUGGCUCGUGAGGACACCAUCACUGAGCUCGUGGAUGAGGAGGACGAAGGCAAAGACAAGCUUGACUCCGCUGAGACACUGAAUGAAUUGCUUCAUUUGUCGGCAACGGAGCUGUGUGUUUUGAAGCAAAGUUGGGAAAUGUUCAUGAAGAGUCUGGGUGGAGAACGGGAGACGGUGGGUGAUGCGAUCUUCGGCGCUUUGAGCCACCGACUCACCUGCAUCAAGGAGGCGUUUCAAGGCCGACCACGUGCCAUCAUCUCCUUGAACCUCUUCAACGGCUUCCGCUUGCUCUGUGACAAGAGCCCAGUCCCAGAAGACCUCCGGGUGCAUGUGGAAACCUUGGCCUUCAAGCAUUUGGGCUGCGAAAUCAAUCAGCAGCGCGUGGACGGGGUCACGGAGGCCUUUUUGGAGCUGGUCACGCAGAACGUGCCAGACCUUCCUCCUGGCAGCGUGAACGUCUGGCAAAAGGUUCUGACCUAUACGGGAUCCUGUUGCAGGUAUAUCAGCUCCACCUACACAGACCGGCUCAAGAUCAUCCAGGACGAUUGGCGUGUCAUCCAGUCAGCUCAAGACCAAGAGCAUGAGGAGGGCACCGAGGAGCAUGUGAAUCGGAGCUUCGCCGGGAUGUGCGCCUUCAGCAGCGAGGUCAUCGGGCAACCCACGGAAGGAUGGAUGGAAGAAAUCUUGCAGGUUUUUGAUGUGCUGGUGGAGCGGAUUGGAAACCCAUCGCACUUGAUGGAGGAGUGUGAACUGCUGGCCAUCAGUAUGAUCACCAAGGCGAAGGACAUUCAGUUUGAGAAGUUCAAACCCGUGAUGCUUGCGGCCCUGCGCUCUUUGCUGCCGAAGAGUUGGAGCACGACCCAUGAGACGGCCUGGGAGUGGCUGUGGGCAACCAUCAGCCACAACUUGCGGGAGUCCACCAUCAAGGCGAGGGAGUUCAAGCCCUACAACGCCCAACUCUUUUCGAAGCUGGGGGAAGGGGAGAUGGACUUCUUCCGAAACAACCUCUACUCGGACUUCUUGGCGAAGUGCCCCGCGAGUCAGGAGAUCUUCAAGCAGUCUCAGACCCGACUGCACUACAUCGCAGACCGGGUGCUGCAGUCAUCCUACGAGAUGUUCCACACGCCCAAAGAUGAGAUGGUGGAUGAUCUGAGCGGCCUGGGCUUGCGCCACGUAGGCUAUGGCGUUCCCAUCGAGCUUUUCGCGCCCUUCACAGAUUCCUGUGUGGCGGUGGUGAAAGAUGUGGUUGCGAACAUGGCCAAAGAAGCAAACCUGGCAGCAUCGACGACUCCGACCAAGAAGAUUUCCUCCAACACUAUCACCGGGGGCGACAGUGAUGAAGUUCAGGAGUUGAUGGUUGAAGGCUUCCGAUGGUCCAUCGGCCUGGUGGCUCGAUUGCUCAUGCGGAUCAUCACCGAAGGCUCCACUGCAGUGAUGCAGGCCAUCUACCAAGAUUCUGCCCAGCUCUUGGGUGCUGCCCUACGAGAGGCUCCACGAUCUGAACGAUCCCUCUUGCAGCUGCGUGUCCGCGUGGGCAGCCAAGCGAUCUCUCCACUGUACUGGGCACUCAGGAGCGGUGCCCACACGGCAGCCAAGACCAUGUUGGAAGAUGUACUCACCAUCCGAGCCGACCGGGAUCGAUACUACUACGGCGUCGACCACCUGUUCACGCAUCAGCCAGAAGUGGCGGCAGAUUUGCUUCAAGAAGCGCCCAAGUUGGCGAAGGUCCUCCUGGACGGACUCAUUUGGCGAUCUCACAAGACAGAGGAGGGACUUCGACCAGUGAUCUACUACAUGGAACAUUUGGUGCAAGACCCGGACGAGACGCAGAUGAUCUCGAGAGCCUUUGUGAGCUUCGUUCGCUUCAAGAAUCCGGGAUUGAUUGUCCAUCCCAUUUUGGUCUUCGUUUCAGAUCUGGUCUGGGACAAGUUGGCAAGGAGCUACUUCCUGUGGGAUCAAAUCUUCAGGUUGGUGAACUUUGUGAUCUUUCUCAUUUCAGCCUGCUUUAUGAACCGCGCCGAAGUCAUGCUGGAUCCAGUGUGGUCCAAGUUUCUCAUGGCUGCGAGAGUGUUGGUCUAUACCAUGGGAUUUGGAAAACUCCUGUAUUCACACAUCUAUGAGAUGCACAAGGCCUCUGUGCGAAAGGAGUGGAAGCAGAUGUUGGGGAUUCGGGUGCCAAAGUACCUGCUGAAGACCACGGAGAUGUUGAGCUUCUUCUUGAUGGUGGAUAUGGCCUUCAUGCUGACGGCUGAACCCUUGCUCCACUGCUUUGGAUAUGAGGCAGAUGUCCUGAUCGCUUUCACGUGCGGUGCCUGGACGGAUGAGCUGAGCUUCGUGUACCAGUUCUUCAGCAUUAUGGGGAUCUUCCUGUAUGUGGCGCUCAUUUUCGGCAUUGGCAGCAGCAUCUCCAUCCAAAUUUCGGAGUACCGGGUCUUGUGCCUCCGCGCGGUGAAGCAGGUGAUGCUUUGCUUCGGGGUCGUGGCCUUGGCGAUCUUGACCUUCGCACUCUCGAUCAAUGCCAUGACCCGCGAGGUCCGGAACAUCUCCAUGAGCCAUGAGUGGAAGGACCUUGGCUCGAUCGUGACCAACUUGUUUCAACUGGCCGUUGGCAUGCUUGACCUGGAAGUCCUUGGUCACAUGGCCGACGAGAGCCCCUUUAUGCUGAUGGUCCUGGCUGCGUUCAUGCUGUUGGUCUACACCUUCUUCUUCAACUUGUUGAUCUCGCAGUUCUGUGGGGUCCAUUCGGCCCUGGCCAAGGACAGCGAGGGCCAUGCCCGGCUGUCGCGAGGAGAGGUGAUCUUGGACACAUUGAAGGCAGUGCAAAUGAAACGUUGGAAGCAGUUCGUGACCUCGUUGGCCUUGGAGAAGCGCGUGGACUUCGCCGAGGGCGACAUCGGUCUGCCGGGAGGUCUCAAAGUCUUUGAGCCCGCAGGAGCCAAUCCCAAGACACAGGACCAGAUCAUCCGUUUUGGAGGACAUACGGAUCCCUCCUUGCCGUGGCCCGAGAAGCAUCAUGAUGAGGGCAACAGUACGGAGAAGAUGAUCCAGAAGACGAUCCAGAAGUCGCUCCAGCACUAUUUGGGCAAGAAAGGUGGCACUGACAGUGACUUUACGCUGAGUAGCAGCCAUAACAGCAGCAGCCGCAAUGGAGGAGAUUAAGCCUAGCAGUUGCGCCAGACUUUCUGCAGAUUUUGAGCUCUGCUGUACCCCUUCACCAACUCAAUCUCAAAACGAGGACUCCCCUUCAAGAUGGUG